AUGGCAGGCUCCGUCGCAUGCACGGAAUGUCGGCGAUCGCACCUCAAGUGCGACCUCCAGCGACCCAUCUGCGCGCGAUGUGCCACGAACCGGCUCUCGUGCACAUAUCUCCCCUCGCGACGCGGGGGCCGACGAGUGCCCCGCGACCGGCAGCAGCAGACCGCCGGGCCGAUCCCGACCCCGGCCUCGCCAGCACCCUGGGCGACCCCGACCCCGACCGCCCGCGACGCCGGCGCGAAAAGCAGUAACAACAGGCUACGGUCCCCAACAACCGCCGCCAGCAUGAGCACCUUUGGCAGCAGCGGCUACUCCUCCGGCAACCUCAACAGUCAUCACCGACCACCACCGCCCAACGACGGCAGCAGCACACCCCAGCAGCAGCAGCAGCCCUACGUCCCCGAGGCCCGUCUCGUCCACCUCUACUACGCCCACUUCCACCCCGCGCACCCGAUCCUCGUCCCCGCGCCUUCUUACCACCGCCAGCGGUACCCCGACUACCUGCACCAGGUCGUCCGCUUCAUCGGCAGCCACUACUCCAAGGUGCUCUCCGGCGACGACUUCCUCGCCCAGACGACGCUGCUCCUCAGCCGGGACGACCGCUCGCCGGCCAUGGUGCAGGCGCUGCUGCUCUUCUCCAUCAUCAUGUCCGCGCGCAACAGCCGGCGCGAGGCCGUGGCGGCCCUGGCACGUGCUGUCGGCCUCGCCCUGGACCUGGGCAUGCACCGGGCCGACUUUGCCACGCGGGCCGCCGCGGAUGGUGACGGUGGCGCGUUGCUUGUGGAGAGCUUGCGGCGGACCUGGUGGGAGCUGUUCAUCUGGGAAAUCUACCUCGCCCUGCCGGAUGGCAAGUUCACCUCGCUCCGGUGCAGCGACGUCGUCAGCGAAGCGUACCUGCCGUGCGAGGAGGCCGUGUACAACGCCAUGUCGUCGCCCGAUGCGUCGCCAAUGACAAUAGCAUCGUCUUCCACACAGCCGCAGACGUUCUCGGCCUUUCGGGCACGCCUGUUCAGUUCCGAUGGCGGCGACUCGGACCACGACGACGGCGGCGGCGGCGGCGACAACAGCAGCGACGUGCAACAGCAAGCACGGGCGACUCACGGCUCGUCGUUGCAGUUCUCCUCAUACAGCUACCGCAUCGAGGCCUUUUACAUCCUCGCCCGCGUCAUGGUCCUCAACACACUGCAGGAGACGCACCCGGACCACCUGCAGAGCGUCGUCAACAUGAUCGUCAGCUGGGGCCACCUCCUCCCCGCCCGCAAGGUCGACGUCGUCGACAUGUACGGCAACAUUGACGAGAUGCUCUUCCAGGCGCAGUUCACCGUCCACCACGCCUCCGCGCUGCUGCACGUGCCCCGUAGCAACCUGCGCCCGCGCUUUCCCACCGCCCCCGGUAGCACCGUCUGCCCGGAGACCCCCGUGCGGCUGUCCCCCUCGCUGACCCGCCACAUCCACGACGUCAAGGCCAUCGAGGCCGCCAAGGAGCUGUCCAACCUGCUGUCGGUGCACUCCCGGCCCCAAGGGUACAGCCCGGCCAUGGUGCCGGGGGCCGUGCUGGCGGGACUGGUGCAGAUGGCGGCGGCGCAGGCCCACGCGUCCGAGUGCUUCGAGCACCACCAGAACCGCGCCGUGCUGGUGCUGGCCACCCUGACUAUCCUCCGGAGGCAGUGGUCGACGGCGCGCGAGGCUUACGCGCACAUCAAGGCCGUGGCCGCGGAGAACAUGGCGCCGGCCGUGUUUGCUGCCGCUGCUGCUGCUGCUGCUGCUGCUUCUGGUGCCUCGGCGUCUCCGAGCGUGGUCGGCGGCGCGGUUCCGCUGCCGCAGGCCGAGGCGUACGGUGCUUCGGAGGGGCGGCUGUUUGAGGAUGCGAGCACGAGCGCCGAGUUUCACGCGAGCGCGAUGGAGACGGCCAUGAGUACGGGCAACAUGGACCACAUCGAUCGCAUCUUCAUGGCCGGGCUCUUGUCGCCUCACAUCGACCAAACAUGCGGCGAGCCGUUGGCGCUGAGUCACUUUGCCGACUUUGAGUAG